GCCGGUCAGGCCAUGCCCAUGACCAAUUGACCAUCCAUUUUUCUCUUGUAGUGAUAAUUUUAUAAGAAAAAAAAAAAAUCCAUUUUUGCCUACGGUGGUUUCACCCUCAUCCACUGCUCUAGAUCAUCCUCACCAGUCACCACCCAUCCACUGUUCGUCCAACACACCCCCCCCCCCCCCCCCCCCCCCCCCCCCCAAACGACGACGGCGCGGGAGCCCCACGAUGGACCACAUCCAAUCGAUCCUGCGUUACUGGUUAGUCCAACACCCACUCAUCAGCCAGUUCGAAUGGCAGCAAGGCCACACCUGGGGCGCCUCCCCACUCUUCCUCGUCCUCACCCUCCUCUCCUACCUUUCCCUCACUUUCCUCUUCCGCCACACCAACCUCCUCCCCUCCCUCCGCCCCAGUCUCCUCCGCCCCAUCUCCGUCGUCCACAACCUCUUUCUCCUCCUCCUCUCCUUCACCAUGGCCGUUGGAUGCUCCCUCUCCACCCGCCACCAAAUGCCCCACCCCCGCUGGAUCUUCUGCUUCCCGCCCAAUCGCACAGCGCCGCGUGGCCCCACGUUCUUCUGGGCCUACCUAUUCUACCUCUCCAAGCUCCUUGAGUUCGUGGACACCCUCCUCAUCUUCAUCGGCGGCAGCCUCCGACGGCUGUCCUUCCUCCACGUGUACCACCACGCCGCCGUGGUGGUCAUGUGCUACGUCUGGCUCCAGACAUCACAGUCGCUGUUACCGGUGGCGCUCGUUACCAACGCCUCCGUGCACACGCUCAUGUACGCCUACUACUUAUUGUGCGCUCUGGGGAGGCGGCCGCGGUGGAAGAGGGCGGUGACGGACCUUCAGAUCGCGCAGUUCGUGUUCAGCUUUGGGGUGUCGGGUGUGAUGCUGUACUACCAUGUCGCCGGAGGAGGUUGCUCCGGCUUCAGGGGUUGGUGCUUCAAUGCCCUCUUCAACGCUUCUCUUCUGGUUCUGUUUCUUGAUUUCCAUACCAAGAAUUACGCCGUCGGGAGGGUGGCGAUGGACGGUCAGGAUAAGAAACGGAUGUGAUGUGAUUCAACUGCAUCAGUUUGAUGGGUUAAUCUCUUCGUCUUCUGGAUGUGAUUUGUGCUUUGUUUGUGUUUUGGGAGGAAAUUCAGAAUAUUAUAUUGCUGUUUACGCUUAGAACCCAAAUUUAUUUUCUUUUCUUUGUCAUGGGUGAGAUUUGGGUGCAUCACUUUCCAUUAAGGAGAUGAUUUAUUGAAUGUGUAUUCAUGCAUUUCAUCAUACAUGUACUGUAAAUUUAUUAUUUUUCCAUAUAAAAUGUGAGUAAAGAACAUGUUGUCUUUUCAUAGACAAUAA